AUGUCGACUGCCACACGUCCGGUUGUCGGAAUGGUGAUUCUCGGACAUUUUGAUGAGGGCUUUUUCUUCAUUGGGAGGGUCAGCGGUAUGGAAACGGGAACCUCGCUGACGUGGACUGAUCGUGAGGCGAUUCCCGCGAACGCUUUGAUUGCAAGGGGACUAGGUAAACCCUGGAAGCACCAGGGCCAAGUGGAGACUGCGCUGAUCGACCAUCGAAAACCCGAGUCGCACCCACAAAUCUUGGAUUUCGGUAAUAUUGCAUGUCUCUGGCAGAGACGUUGGUACGGGAAUAACGAAGGGCUGCUGGUAUGA